UUCACGAACUUGGUCGUAUCAGCAAGCAACAACUCCAACCAGAUGGUCGCGAUGGCGGCAAGCUCGGACGGAAUCUUCGCGCUUGUCCCUUCUCCUCCCCUACUCACUUUGGUGCUCCACGAAAGAGACCAACCAUGGCCAUGGCGGACAAGGAAGAGGAGGCGUACCUUCUAAGCACAGGGAGACACCUCGCUGAGUCCUACGCAGCGUCUCGCGAUGCGGUCCACGAGGCGGCACCGACGAUUGCCUCUGGCGAGGACCUGCAGAGGUGCCUGGAGUCAUUACGAUGGGACGUGCCGGAGCAGGGCCUUGGCAGCCAAGAGGAGCUUCUCAAGCUUCUUGUCGAUGUUGGAAAAGGGCUAACGAGGCACAGCCCGCGGUAUUUCGGCUUCGUCACGGGAGGCGUCUUGCCAAGUGCGGCGCUAGCGGACUGGUUCGUGAGCCAGUACGACUGCAACGUGCAGGUACAUCUGCCCAACGAGUCCAUCGCAACGACGCUGGAGAACUGCACGGUCCAGAUGCUGCUGGGCUUGCUCGGCCUGAGCAGCCAGACAUUCACGGGCACUUUCACGACGGGCGCUACGGGAAGCAACAUCCUAGGGCUGGCGUGCGCACGAGAGGCGCAGCUGAAACUGCUCAAUGCGGGCCAGGGAGACGAAGAGUGGAGCCUGGCAGAGAUGGGCUUUGGCGCAGAGGAGUGCAGGAGGGUCAAGGUGUUUGUAGCGAAGCCACAUGCGAGCAUCAACAAGGCAGCAGCCUUGACGGGCAUUGGACGGAGGAACGUCGUCGACGUGGGCAGGAAAUGGAAAGGACAAGGAGAACAAGCUGCAGAAGACGAGGAACAGGAAGCGCAAAGGAGGGUCGCCGGGCUCGAUUUCGAUCUGGACAGGCUCGAAAAGGAACUGGAAGAGGCGCAGAGUCUGCGGUUCGGAAGGAUUGUAGUCGUUGGGAUGGGCGAAGUUAACACUGGAGCCCUGAGCAGCCAACUCCCUGCAAUUUCGAAACUGUGCAAAAGAUUCAAGGCCUGGCUGCAUGUCGACGCGGCCUUCUCCGCCUUUGUCGCCCUGCUGCCUCGAUACGGCUGGAUCAGCGAGCACAUGAGCCUAGCGGAUUCCAUCACAUCGGAUGGGCACAAGGCACUGAACGUGCCAUACGACUGUGGCAUCUUCUUCGUUCGAAAGGACGAGAGCCAGAGUGACAGCCGCGCCAAGCAAUUGUCGGUUCUCGACAUGGUCUGUGGGCCAGGAAAGGGCCCUGGUCCUUCCUACCUGGCCUCCUCGGCUGUGGCGAGGGCGGGAGUAGAUGGGCAAGAUCAAGAGACAAAAAAGAGGCAGGAGCUCGCUGAUACGCUCCCGUCGCCCCUCUUCCGCAACCUGGAGAACUCCCGUCGAUUCCGAGCAUUGCCCGUGUAUGCUGUUCUGCUCGAUCAGGGUAUGCAAGGCAUGCGAGCCAUGGUACAGCGCAACGUCGAUUUCAGACGCAAGAUUGAAGAGUACCUCCGACGGCCUGGCUCACCUUACCAGGUCUUGACGCCCCGGUGUAGAGCCAGCGAGGAUACUGCGGAGCCAUGGACAAACGAUUGGAACACGACCGUCGUUCUCUUCAGGGCACAUCCAAAAUUGUGCCCUGUCGGAGCAUACAAGGAGCCGAACGGGGGACACUUGGCACUGACGGACGCGAUCAAGAGGGCCAGAAAGGCCUACGUUAGCCCGACGGUCUUCGAGGGCAUCGGAGGGGUACGGAUAGCGGUCAGCCAUUGGGCGACGGCGCUCGAUGACGACGGGAGAGACUUCAGAAUCACAACGGAAGUGUUGGACGAGGUCAUGAAGGUGAAAUAAAGGCACGUAUCUAGACGUAAAUUCGUCCUGUAGGUCUGAAAAGAAAGAGACGAAGACACACACAAUUGCAUUGUACCGUACCUUUCAACGUCAAAGUAAUCAUCACUUGCUCAGAUUGGCCCC